UUUCAGUCGUGCGCGGUGAGAGGACACGCGCACGUCUCCGACAAUUGGUUUAACAUUUAAUAAAUAAAAUAAAUUAUAAACAAAUUCAUUAAAUUCACGACACCAAAGCAAUAUUAAACUGAAUUUCAAAACAAUUCUGGUCCUGAAAGUCGUCGGAAAAUUUCAGCUGUAACGAGACGUAUCGUUUGGUUAAUUAAUCGUAAUAGAAAAAUGGUAAUGGGCAGUGAUAUGGAUUAUCAAUGUGGUUUGAGUGAGGAGGAUCAGACAGUCGCUAAGGAAGAGCUCAGGGAGGAUGAUGCCAUCAGAGAUCAGCUGCUCGAGCAGUUUCGCCAGUGGAUCCAGAAGCAUCCGACGAUCAAAAGGUGCCGGACUGAUCCGGUUUUCCUUCUGAGAUUCCUGAGGACCAAAAAGUUCAGUCUUCCCAUGGCCCAGGAAAUGCUUGAGCGAUAUCUCACUAUCAGGCAGAUCUAUCCUGAUUGGUUCCAGAAACUUGAUAUCAACGAUCCGGAAAUCGAGGCUAUCAUCGAUGCUGGCUACCUGGUGCCCAUGCUGGAGAGGGACGAGAGCGGGAGACAAGUUAUUUUGUCGUGUGCUGGCCGCUUCGACCCUUAUAAAUAUACAUCAGCCCACAUGGCACGUGCUCACAGUGUCGUCCUAGAAACUCUCAUGGACGAGGAAGAGAAUCAAGUCCACGGUUAUACUCAUAUCAACGAUGAAUCUGGCUUGACAAUGGGCCACAUCAGCGCCUGGUCCUUGACGGACAUUCGAAAUAUGCUACGAUGCAUACAAAAUAGCACACCAAUUCGUCACAAAGGGACACACUUCAUUAACAUCCCAGCGUUCGGCUCCAAGAUACUCGAAUUUGCUGUUUCACUUCUCAGCGAUAAACUGAGAUCUCGGAUAUACGUGCAUAAGAGCCUUGAGGACCUGGCGGAAGCGAUAAAUCCCAAGAUAUUGCCGAAGGAAUAUGGAGGUGUUGUACCACUCGCUGAUAUGAUUGCAACCUUCAAAGAGAAGUUACGUGCGAAGAGGGACGACCUGAGAGCCCUCGACGACAUGUACAUCGAAAUAUCCCCCAAGGAUUCCUGUGCAGCUGCCAGUGACGGACUCUGUGGCAUCACCGGGUCAUUCCGUAAAUUAGAAGUCGAUUAGAUGUAUUUAUACUACUCCAUUAUUAUGUUUGAUGAUAUUUUAUAAGAGUGUGGGAAGUGCUUCCCCUUCUGGUGUGAAGGCCUUACUAUUUAAAAUCAUUAGCGAUUGAAAAUUAAUUAAAAUUUUGGCUAUUAAGAUCAUUUUCAGUGCUUGAGUAAUUCUAGAUUGGUCCCCUCAUAAGGGAAACACCUCAACCUGUGGUUUUUAGGAAAUUAUAUGAACCAAUUUAACUUUAUCAAUUGAAGUAUUGACGGACCGUAAAAGUGGUGGCUUCAGAUCAACGUAAUUUUCAAAAUUACUAAACCUAAAAAAUCCUCUAUGAAAUUUUUUUUUCCCUCACCCUUUUAUUCCGCAUCUGAAUGGGAUUGCGAUGAAGCAAACACACUUCUAGUUUGAUAUAUAAAUAGUUAGCUAGAGAUAUGAAAAGGUACAAAGCCGAUGUCGGUGGUGCAAGUUACCCAAAAUUAGGAUGACCAUGUUGUGCUUUCAGGAAGACAAUAUCGUUCAUUAUUACACAGCAAUUGACAUAUAUGCUCUAAUUGUAAUCUAUUUUACGAGAUUUCAUAUAUCAGUUUGCUGAUAGUGUAUUAAGUAAGUAAAGAGUUAAUGUAAUUCAAGUAAAUUUUAAUAUUUUUCAAAGCGAGAAUUUAUUUUUUAUUAUACGAAAUACUUGUAAAUACAUAAAACUUCAUGCUAUCUCCAGUAUGACCGUUCUUUCAUACACUUUUUCCAUGGGGUAAAAAUGAUUAUAUCGUAAGUGGUACUAAGAACACUCAAUUAAUCGCAGGACCUCGAAUAAUAAAUUUACGACCAGGUUAUUGAGAAACUAUUAGCAGUGAUACAUGAAUAAAUGAUAAAGUGAAAGGUACAUAGCCUAAAGUGUCAAUGAUAUUAACAAAAUGGAUAUUUGCUUAAUAAAAUCAUUUCUAUUUUCUAUUUAA